AUGGCCUGGCCCAUUCUGCAACCAGGGAGUGCUGUCAGGAUUUUGAAAACUCAAAGUCAGUUGAGAUAGUGUGAGAUGGUUACUGUGAUUCAUGCUUUUACGUGUUCUUUGCCAAUAAAUGUCUUCCUCCUCCUACACUAAAGGUGUAUUUAAUCCUGUGAGAAGAACUUUAAUGCCAUUUGUUGUGAAUAGGUUCAACCUGUAGUCUGCAUCUGUUCAGUUCAUGAGCUCAUUUUGGUACAAUUAUUAAGCUAACGUGAGGUUGGGGUUUUUGAUUACUUCAAUAUAAGGUUUUGGGUUUCUUCUGUAAAAUACUGCAAUGGUGGUUUGUUUAUUUCUUAAUGAAAAAAAUCAUUCUAAAUUACCAGAAAGCAUGUUUUAAAUACUCUGUUAUUCACUUACAGCUGCCAAAACAUAGUACAGAGAAAUAAUGGUCUGCUAGCCUGCUAAACAAGAGUCCAGCUUCCACAAUGCCUGUGCAGGCAGCUCAGUGGACAGAAUUUCUGUCCUGCCCAAUCUGCUACAACGAGUUUGAUGAGAAUGUGCACAAACCCAUCAGCUUAGGUUGCUCUCACACUGUCUGUAAGACCUGCCUGAACAAGCUCCAUCGCAAGGCAUGUCCUUUCGACCAGACUGCCAUCAACACGGACAUCGAUGUUCUUCCUGUAAACUUUGCACUCCUCCAGCUAGUUGGAGCCCAGGUACCCGAUCAUCAGACAGUAAAGUUGAGUAAUGUGGGAGAAAACAAACAUUAUGAAGUAGCAAAGAAAUGUGUUGAGGAUUUGGCACUCUACUUAAAGCCAUUAAGUGGAGGGAAAGGUGUUGCAAGCUUGAAUCAGAGUGCACUGAGCCGUCCAAUGCAAAGGAAGCUUGUGACGCUGGUGAACUGUCAGCUGGUGGAGGAAGAGGGUCGGGUCAGAGCUAUGAGAGCAGCUCGAUCACUGGGAGAGAGAACUGUCACAGAACUGAUCUUGCAGCACCAAAAUCCUCAGCAGCUUUCUGCCAAUCUUUGGGCUGCUGUCAGGGCACGAGGAUGCCAGUUUCUAGGACCAGCUAUGCAAGAGGAGGCACUGAAACUUGUAUUACUGGCACUGGAAGAUGGCUCUGCACUCUCAAGAAAAGUUUUGGUACUUUUUGUUGUGCAAAGGCUAGAACCAAGAUUUCCUCAGGCCUCUAAAACAAGUAUUGGUCAUGUUGUGCAGCUACUGUAUAGAGCAUCUUGCUUUAAGGUCACUAAAAGGGAUGAAGAUUCUUCUCUGAUGCAGCUUAAAGAAGAGUUUCGGAGUUAUGAGGCUUUGCGGAGAGAACAUGAUGCCCAAAUUGUUCACAUUGCCAUGGAAGCAGGACUUCGAAUAUCACCAGAACAAUGGUCUUCUCUUCUGUAUGGUGACUUGGCACAUAAAUCACACAUGCAGUCCAUUAUUGACAAGCUCCAAUCUCCAGAGUCUUUUGCAAAGAGUGUACAAGAAUUGACAAUUGUCUUGCAGCGCACGGGAGAUCCUGCAAACUUAAACAGGCUGAGGCCUCAUUUAGAGCUCCUGGCAAACAUAGAUCCAAAUCCAGAUGCAGCAUCUCCAACAUGGGAGCAGCUGGAAAAUGCAAUGGUUGCUGUAAAGACUGUGGUACAUGGGCUAGUGGAUUUCAUUCAGAAUUACAGCAGAAAAGGCCAUGAAACUCCACAGCCACAACCAAAUAGCAAAUACAAAACAAGUAUGUGCCGAGACCUUCGACAGCAAGGGGGAUGUCCAAGAGGAACAAACUGUACAUUUGCUCAUUCUCAGGAAGAGCUCGAAAAAUACCGCUUGAGGAACAAAAAAAUCAGUGCAACAGUGAGAACAUUCCCCCUUCUAAAUAAAGUUGGCGUAAAUAGCACCGUCUCGACCACAACAGGAAACGUAAUUUCUGUCAUAGGAAGCCCUGAAGCAACAGGGAAGAUGGUGGCAAGUACUAAUGGAAUAGCUAAUCUGGAAAGUGGGGUUCCCCAGUUGAUCCCUCGCUGUGCAGACACCUCCUUGAGAGCUUUGGAGAACACCAAGAAAGGAGGGAAGACUGGAGCCAAUGGCCAGAAUGUUUCUGGGUCCCCUACAGAAUCACUACCUGAAAAUAAAAUUGGUUCUCCACCCAAGACUCCUGUAAGCCAGGCAGCAGCUACCUCAGCUGGUCCUCCUAAUAUUGGAACAGAAGUUAAUUCUGUACCUCCAAAAUCCAGCCCGUUUGUUCCCAGAGUACCCGUCUACCCUCCACAUUCUGAUAAUGUUCAAUAUUUCCAAGAUCCCCGGACUCAGCUAUCAUAUGAAGUUCCACAGUACCCACAGACAGGAUAUUAUCCACCACCUCCAACAGUACCAGCUGGUGUGGCUCCCUGUGUUCCUCGCUUUGUGAGGUCCAAUAACGUUCCAGAAUCCUCCCUCCCACCUGCUUCCGUGCCAUAUGCCGAUCAUUACAGUACAUUUCCCCCUCGAGAUCGACUGAAUUCUCCUUACCAACCUCCUCCUCCGCAGCCGUAUGGACCAGUUCCUCCUGUCCCUUCUGGAAUGUAUGCUCCAGUUUAUGACAGCAGGCGCAUCUGGCGCCCACAGAUGUACCCACGAGAUGAUAUUAUUAGGAGCAAUUCUUUACCUCCCAUGGAUGUGAUGCACUCAUCUGUCUAUCAGACAUCAUUACGUGAGAGAUACAACUCUUUGGAUGGGUAUUACUCUGUGGCUUGUCAACCACCAAAUGAACAGAGGACUGUGCCUUUACCAAGGGAGCCUUGUGGUCAUUUGAAGACUGGUUAUGAAGAGCAGUUAAGACGGAAGCCGGAGCAAUGGGCACAGUACCACACGCAGAAAACUCCUCUGGUAUCGUCAACCCUUCCUAUGGCAACACCAUCUCCAACACCACCUUCUCCUCUCUUCAGCGUAGAUUUCAGCACAGAGGAUUUGGACAGCGGAGAUGUUAAAAGGAGAGUGCAUUUAUUUGAAACUCAGAGAAGGGCAAAGGAAGAAGAUCCUAUAAUCCCAUUUAGCGAUGGACCGAUCAUCUCCAAGUGGGGUGCAAUCUCCAGGUCAUCCCGCACAGGUUAUCACACAACAGAUCCUAUUCAGGCCACUGCUUCCCAAGGAAGUGCUACUAAACCCAUCAGUGUAUCAGAUUAUGUCCCUUAUGUCAAUGCUGUUGACUCAAGAUGGAGUGCCUAUGGCUCAGAUUCUGCUUCAUCAGCACGUUAUGCAGAACGGGACAGGUUCAUAGUUGCAGAUUUGUCGGGUCACCGAAAGCAUUCCAGCACUGGAGAUCUAUUGAGUAUUGAAUUGCAACAGGCCAAAAGUAACUCAUUAUUACUUCAGAGAGAGGCGAAUGCACUAGCCAUGCAACAGAAGUGGAAUUCUCUAGAUGAAGGCAGUCGUCUUACCUUAAAUCUUUUAAGCAAGGAAAUCGAUUUGAGGAAUGGUGAGACUGAUUAUACUGAAGACUGUGCAGACACAAAGCCAGAUCGAGACAUUGAAUUGGAGCUGUCAGCCCUGGAUACAGAUGAACCUGAUGGGCAAGGUGAACAAAUAGAAGAGAUUCUGGAUAUACAGCUAGGUAUUAGUUCUCAAGAUGAUCAGCUGCUCAAUGGGACAACUGUAGAGAAUGGACAUCUGCUAAAACAGCACCAGAAAGAAUCUAUGGAACAGAAGAGACAAAGUUUAGGUGAAGACCUUGUGAUUCUGGAGGAGCAGAAAACAAUCCUGCCCGUAACUUCUUGCUUCAGUCAGCCGAUCACAUCUGUUAGCAAUGCAAGCUGCCUGCCCAUCAGCACAGCAGUCAGUGUUGGCAGCCUCAUUUUGAAAACUGCUCACAUUAUGUCUGAGGAUAAAAAUGACUUUUUAAAGCCUGUUGCAAGUGGCAGGAUGGUUAACAGCUGAAAGGCAUUCAUCUUUCCAGCUUGUGACCACACCAUGGAAGCAUUUACACUAGCUUUUUAUAUAUAUAAUAUAUAUUAUAUAAUGUAUAUUUUUUUUAAAAGAAUAAUAUUGGGGUCAUGCAUUUCCUGUGGACUCUUUGAUACUUCAAGCCCCUCUCGCAUUAGCAUUCUGAAGAAAAAAAAAAACUUACUUUCCUAGGGUAAGGCGUUCACUUUCCACAAAUGAAUGGAAUUUGGACAUUGUUUUACUUAAGCUUAAAGCAGCUUUUUAUGAGUUUGUAGCAAUCCGGUGCGGUAUCUGAGCCAUUCUUGUUUAAAAUGGCUUCUGUAGAAAACUAACAACUCAGUUAUUUAAACUAGCAGGAUCCUACGAUGAUACAUCUAGUGAAAGGAAGACUUAACUUAUUUGUCUCUAUUUUGUUUCAUGAGAGAAGAACUCGUGUCUUGUUGCAGCUGCUUUUUCUUUAGUUGUGGAACUUUGCAUGGAGUAUUGUUUCCUGUUUGAAGACUGAGAGGUGGAGAUUCGGACUUGAGACUUUUACAGGGUUAACACACCAUUAGCUUUGCACUGCUACGUUAUUUGCAGGUCUGUGGUGCAGUGCUUUGCUGCAGCUUUUUUGUUUCCAUUUCCCCCCCCAAUUUCUGCUUUAGUAAUGUAGAUACACAUACACAGGCUACUUGUCCAAGUAAAGUUAUCAGAAGUAAACCAAGUGCCUAAGUCCUCCAGCUAAUGUACUAGGUAUUGAUUUCCCCAAGUUAUACGUGAAACGAUUUUCAACCAUUUUGAGAGGUUAUGCACUAAUGUAACAGCAAUUUUGGUUUUUCUCUUUUUUUUCUUACUGAUAGUUCUCAACUUGGAGAUUAUAGAAUCCAGAUGACUUGGCAAAAAGUAUCAGGUGCUCUUGGCUUUCCUUUGAAAACCCUGUACGUAGUGUUUGCACUGACUAACAAAGAUGGUAUUGCUGUUUUUUGUACUGUUUUGUUCUUAAUUUAAACUAAGUAUUGGGAAUUUAAGGCGGUUGUAUUACCUUUGUUAAAUGUUGUUAAUCAUAAUUUUGUAUUCAGGUUUAAUUUUUGCUUGUUCAGUGGCAACUUAUUUUCAAAGACCUUGAAAAUACAAUAAUAGAGCAUUAUCUGACCUUCAGAGUACUGAAAAGCAUAUGAAUUUAUGCCCUGCUAAGGUGUGACUGAGAAUCAUGUUAGACAUGUCAACUGAAAAUUGGUUUUCAUAAAUACACAUGAAAUAGAACCCUGGGCAUAUAUUUUGUUGGUUUGAGAAGCUUAAAAAUCCACUCUUUUUUUUUCUCUUUUGGGAAAGAAAGCAGGACUCUCCCUCCUGAUGGUGACUCUCUUCUUGUUCGUCCUCUUCCUUUUCUUUGUGACAAGUUUUACAUUUUAUUUUAUUUUUCUUUUCUUUUUUUUAUGUUUUUUAUUAACUUCUGUGAAGUUGUUUACUCUGAAAAUUGUACUGGAAUAUUUUAAGCCAAGCUGAUCUUUCACCAGGUGUACUGCAUGUAAGGGCUUUUCCUGCUAGCAAAAAUGCUUAAAGAGGAUCAUGUUACUGGUCGUCUGAGUUGUUAUUUUACAAAAUCACAGCUAUGUGGUCGGGUAAGAUUUUGAUAACUGUUUUGUGCACGCUUCUGGGGGGUGGGGGUUGGCAUUUCCCUGAGGGUUCCUGAUUAGACUAAGUACAUAUUGGUGUUUGAUAUCUCUCCUAAUGAACCUGUCCAUGAGAUAAUUAUGUUGUAAAUAUACCUGAAAAUCCAAGGGUUAGUUUUGAUAUUCUGGUGUCAGUAUGGAAGAUCUUACACAUCUAUUUAAUACUCCAGUGUAAAGGAAUGUAUGUAGAAAACCAGUUGAGUAGUCUUUUCUUAGUUUCCUUUGGCUGUUGCUGUACCUUCCUAUAGCCAGUGCCACCUCAUAGCUAGGAUUAGACUGAUGCUUUGUUUCACUUGCAACUUGAAGUGAAUGGACACAAAAACCAGACCACCUUUGUCACCUUAACUUAUUUCCUAUCGAUGUUAACUUUAACUUAGAAUGUUAGACAUAAAUAUGAUUGUUGUAUAUUUUAUACCAAGGCCAUUAUGUAAAUAUGAAUUUAUAUUACUUUUGAAAUGCUUCUGAGAUACUAUUAUUUGCUGUACAAUGUAAUUCCAAAACAGAUAUGCAAACAAGUAUGUCUCUUUCAUGGAUAUUUAAACAGUGAGAUCUUCCAUGUUGAAGGUGAUGUAAUUUUUUUAAAAGAUUUUUAAAUUUUAAAUUGCUAUUUUGUUACAAAAAUAGAGAAAAUAUAAAGGUUUGAGAAGUCCUUAUUUGCCCUCAGGGAAAGAGCCCUCUGUGCACCAGAACUCCACAGAACAUCUUCAGCAUGAUCUGAGGGUGAAUAUAUACUACAUAAAUUGAUUGUGUAUUUACCUUAACUUUUUAAUUUUAAAAUUGCAACUUUAAAAACUUGGUUGUGCUCUGCUGGAGGGGGGUUGGGAUAAGCUGCUUACACACAUUUGCCUGUUUGUCCAGUGAAAUUACAUAAGCCUGAGAUCCUCCUGCUAACCAGACUGGCAUAUUUAACAACAGAUGUAUCUAUAUAUACUCUUGUCUGCAGCAGGAGGUCCCAUGAUAGAGCAGUUCGCUAGGAUGACCAUACACUUCAAAUGGAAAGUUGGCUCUUAACUGGGGCUAGGGGGUUUAUUUUAGUUGGAUUUUUACUAUCUAGAAUGACAGGCAAAAGAAUUCUUUAGGGAUUUCAACAUCAUGCGAGCUUUGUCUUAACAGUUUUAGCGCUGAUUGUGUGGUUUAUGCCAUGAAAUUGUGCCCUCCAGUGCCCUGACAAGGAGAAAGCUACAGGUGGUAACCUAGCUCGGGCUUUCUUCUUUGGUGAAGUUUCAGCCUUUGACCCUAUACAAACAAGUAUGUAUUCAUUGUCUAGAUGUAAAUCAGGUGCCUUUGGGCUAUGGAAGGGCUUAUUUUCUGAUGCUGAGAUACAGUGACUUAUCUUUGUGUGUGAAUAGCAGUGAUUCCCAUGUAGGUUUUGGCCUAACUUACCUGUGCUGUCAGAAAAAGGGCCCAUAGCAGAAUGGGGAAAGAGAUUGGCUCUUUUGCUUUGCUUGGACAAGCAUUUUGGGUUGUUUUGGUUUGGCUUUUGGUUUGGUUUGGUUUUUUUCCCCACUAGGGGUACAGCAGGGAUUUCACAUGCAAGAGAUACAGGAAUUAUUAGUGUCUAAGUUAAUUGUGUUGCCUCACUACCUGGAUUCACUCCUUGGUUUGCCUCAUUUCCCACAUAGGUCUUAAUAGAGACUAAUGCUUGUGCUGGGAGAAUGCUUGUGUGAGAAAGUAAUUAUCUGUACAUUCUUAACAUAUACUUAGAGCAGAGUGAUUGCCCUGCUACUGAUAUUUUGUUCCUGUAAACAGGUGACAAGAAAUGAAUCUUAGUGUUUAUGCAGAUUUUGCAUUGUAGAAUGUAUACUAGACCCUUCAAAGGAAAGGUUAGACUCUUUGCAAAGCAAACUGGCGUUGGUUCUUGGUAGUCUAGUACAGGGACACUAAAGUUUGACAUUUGAUUUAGGAAAAAAACCCCAAGUUGUACACAGCUGAUUAUGUUAAAUAAGCUCUUAAUUGCUCUUUGUAGAAGUCUAAUUUGGGAGGUUUUAGUGCUUUGAUAACACAAUUGAAAUCUUACUUUAUCCUGUACUCGAGCUGAAUGCUGUUCUUGUAUAAUAGUGUACUAGGCUGGAUGAGGUACAAAAUAAUGCACAGAGGUCAGAAACAGCUGAGGAAAGAAUGCUUAAAAUAAUGUAAUCUAAACUCAGAAUAGUUCCAAACAUUGGUUUUGUUUGCUUUUUUAAAGCACAAGUUGUCAAGUUGUACCUGUUGCUGUACAUAAACACUGUAUGCCAGCAGCUCCUUGAUCAUAUCUGUGGACAGACUUUGCAUUAUUAUUAGACUGUUCUUAAAGGAAGAUGUUGAAUUUGAAGAGUAUAACAAAAUGAAGAAAUGAUCGGAUUAUCUAUAGUAUGUAAAAGUCCAUUCUUUAUGUUGUAGUUUAAUCCCUUUUUUAGGAAAUUCCCUCUCAUUGAGGGACCUCUUCUGCAAGCAGAACACAAUAGAUGUGCUUUUUUAAAUGACCCCGUUUUCCAGUAUAAAGGAAGAGCUAACUUUGGCAGUAAGUCAUCACCAUGCAUCUCUCUGCUGGCAAGGGAGCACGGCAAGAAAAGAAACCAAACCCCAACCUGGCAGUGAUGAGAUGAAUCAAAUCUGAAUCCCAAAAUGCCCAAUACCCGAACAUAAUUAUUACACCCUGUUAUUUAAGAAGGAUGCUUGUGGAAGCUUUUAAUCACUCGAGAUUUCGCUGUAAAAGCUGAACUACAACAGAGCCUGGCUGCAUUUAUUACUGCCAAAAGCCAAGGUCAUUUGCACAUAGCCCAUCAGUGUAUCCAGGGUAGGUCUCAGUUAAUCCAAGGCAUGGAAGUGCAUGCAUUUUCUUAGCUGGGCAAACAAGUACAUUAUACAGUAGUUGUGAUACAACACAUGUGGCUUUUAUUUGUACUGCACAUACCCACUGUACAGCCACUCCGAAGUAUCGUGGUUAGCUUGCAGCAUCUGCUGUCCGCAUUUAUACUGUUUACUGCGUAUUCUUUUCCCUGGAAGUUUUAAAGAAAAUUGGGGUUUUUUUGUUUUUUUUUCUCUUGUUGCAUUGAUUACAUUUUAAAAUUUGCUUAGCUGGAAAGUUUGGGAAAAGAGGCCUGUUUGUCAAUUGUACAACCGAUUGUGAAGCUCUAGUGUGAAUAUUUUUACGUCUGUAUUAGACAUUUUCUUUGCAAAUCUAUUGUUCGAUUGAAAUGUAAAUGAAAUAAAAGAUGGUGUACACCCAUCAUGUAUAAAGCAGGCACCAUCGCUACGAUGGAUUUAAUGCUCAUUUUUAUGGCGCAUUCUCAGCUUCUAUUUAAAACUAUAAUUUAAAAAAAAAAAAGAAAAAAAAUCUGUAAAAUGAAAUGGGGUUAUAUGGGGGAGUAAAUUCUAUUCCGUUUAUCUCGGGUUGAGUUCCCAAUGGUCGUUUCCCUUCGUGUUAGAGGUAGGGGCGGGCGGUGCCGUGUGUGUUUGCUGUAGCACUGAAGUGAAGAGGUUGUAUAGCUUUGGCUGGUCACGGAGUAGAGCAUCCUGGUUUUCAGUGUUUGAGAGACUCGGUGGAAGAAGUUUGCAGUAUUGACAUGUAUUUGCAUGCACCAAUAAAAAUUAUUUGUCCACCUUAA